GCAGAGGAACCGGAAGUACGGCGGAGCGAUGGCGAAGCGGAGAAUGAAUUAUGUGAGAACUAAACAGUCCAUGUAGCUGCUCCCGCCCUUUACUUUGAGAUUUUCGUUCAGAUUUAGCACUUAUAUCUUCUGCUUGUUCAUUCUGACCUGAUAAGGGGAGGAUGAGUGCUGAGGCAGCAGACCGGGUGGCGGCUGUGAUCAGCAGUCGGCCCAGCACCCCCCUUCAGACUUCAUGGUUUGAGUUCCUCCUGGACGGCAGCCUGUUGGAGAAUCACCUGCAGAAGUCAAACCCAGACCCGUUACCGGUGCAGCUGAUCAUCCAGUUCCUGGAGCAGGCGUCGAAGCCGUCAGUGAACGAGCAGAAUCAGGUGCAGCCUCCAGCAGACAACCGCAGGAACCGCACCCUGAAGCUGCUCGCUCUGAAGGUCGCUGCUCACAUGAAGUGGGAUCUGGAAGUACUGGAGAAAGGCUUGACCAUCCCGGUGUUAAACAUGCUGCUGAACGAGCUCCUGUGUGUGAGCAAAGUGCCACCAGGGGUGAAACAUGUGGACCUGGACCUCUCCACUCUGCCCCCCACCACCGCCAUGGCUGUCAUCAUCUACAACCGCUGGGCCAUCAGAACCAUCGUGCUCAGCAGCUUUCCAGAGAAACAGACCAAACCUGGACCUCACCAGAUGAACAUGUUGAGUAUCGUGCAGCAGGAGAAAGAAAUGACUGAAAACAUCCUCACUGUGCUGAAGGAGCAGGCGGCGGACUCCAUCAGCGUCCUGGAAGGAGCUCUGCGUCUGAAGAAAGACUUCUACGUUCACACCCUGAGGACUCUGGACCUGCUCGCUGCUGAUGCUGCCGCCAACGGAGAGACCGAGUCCUCGACCGCCGGCCUCCGCAUCAGCGCCGAUGAGCUGCACUGUCAGGUGCAUUAUGAUUUGGGAGGUAUUUUCUUCCAGCAAGCCUGCACAGACCAGCCGGCCUUCGAGAAAGCCAGAGAUCACUUCAGACAGACGAAGGAGCUGUUGAAGAAGCUGGACUCGACCGUUCACGUUCACCUGGACGAGAAGCGUCUGGCUGGAUACUGGAACGCCUGCAGAGCUUUGACCGGAGACUGUGACCCCUCGGACUCCCAGACCAGCCCCUACGACCAGAUCAACAGUCUGAUCAGGGCACAAGACCACAAGGCCGUGAUCGAAGCCUUCAUCAAGGACAACGUGACCCGCAGUUUACCGAACCAGUUCAGACGCUCUGUUCUCAGGGAGUUCCUGUACAAAGUCCAGCAGGGGGAAACUGGUCUGGACGAGAUUUGCCACAAGCUGUGUGUUUGUAACGCCGUGCGAGACGCUGUGGAGGGAGAAGUGCUCAGCGUUCGUUUCCAGCAGCUGCUGCUGAAGCCCAGCAAACGAGUGGUGGACUUCAUCUUAGAGGUUUGCACACGUUCUCUGGAGAAGGAGCGUCCGUCAGAGACAUCCAGGAGAAACAUGGCCACCUUCAUGAAGACUCUGUGUGAAAGCCUGGAGGAGCUGCCUCUGGUGUUCGUGGUGUCGUCUCACAAGCUCUUCAUGGAGCUGCUGAGGGAGGAGGAGAGGAAGGUCCUGGUGGAGCAGAUGAGGAAGAGGUCGGCCACCAUCAACCUCAGCGCCAAACCUCUGCCUUCCUUCUACGACAUCCCAGCUUCAGCGAGUGUGAACAUCGGGCAGCUGGAGCAGCAGCUCAUCCUCUCACUGGAGCCGCGCAGGAUCAGACAGAUUCUCAUCGAGCUCCACGGCAUGGCCGAGCGACCCUUCUGGAGGGUCAACAGCAAGUGGGAGGUUCCUCCAGAUUACAUCAACGUGAUCCUCGGCAUCAAAGACAACCUGACCAAGGACCUAGUUUACAUCCUGAUGGCCAAAGGACUGCACUGCAUCUCCAUAAAGGACUUCGCCCACGCUCGGCAGCUCUUCUCCGCCUGCCUGGAGCUGGUCACCGAGUUCUCCCCGAAGCUGCGGCAGGUGAUGCUGAACGAGAUGCUGCUGCUGGAGGUCCGAGCUCACGAGACGAUGGCGGCCGAGGGCAGCAAGGAGCGACCGCCCCCCGACCUGGUCAGCAGGGUCAGAGGUUACCUGGAGAUGAGGAUUCACGACCUUCCUCUGCGUCAGGUGGUGGGGGAGGAAUGCGUCGCCUUCAUGUUGAACUGGAGGGAGAACGACUACCUGACUCUGCAGGUGCCGCCGUCUCUGGUCAUGAACAACCCGUACAUCAAGCUCGGGCAGCUGCUGGCGUCCACGUGUAAAGAGCUCCCAGGUCCUAAAGAGAGUCGCCGAACGGCCAAGGAGCUGUGGGACGUGGUGGUUCAGAUCUGCAGCGUGUCCAUCCAGCACAAGAGGAACAGCGACGGCAGAGUGGGGCUCAUUAAACACAGGGAGUCUUCUAUGGGCAUCCUGUACAGGAGCAAAUUCAUCACAUUCAUCAAGAAACUCAGAGAGCCGCUGGUGCUGACGACCCUCAUCUCGCUGUUUGUGAGGCUCCACAGCAUCGUGAGGGACGAUAUCGUCAAUGAAGUGACGGCUGAACAUCUGUCCAUCUGGCCAUCAACGCUCGCCAAUAUCCAGGCGGUGGAUGUGGAGGCUGUGGCUGUGACGGUCAAAGAGCUGGUGUCUUACUCUCUCACCCUCAACCCCAACAACCAGUCGUGGCUCAUCACACAGGCCGACAUCUACUUUGUGACCAAUCAGUACUCUGCUGCCCUGAACCUCUACCUGCAGGCUGGAGCCGUGAGCUCCGACUUCUUCACCAAACCUGUGCCGCCCGACGUCUACACCGACCAGGUUCUGAAGAGGAUGAUCAAGUGCUGCUCCAUGAUGAACUGUCACACACAGGUCGCCGUGCUCUGCCAGUUUCUGAGAGAGGUCGACUACAUGACGGCGUUCAAAGCUCUUCAGGAACAGAACAGUCACGACGCCAUGGACUCGUUCUACGACUACAUCUGGGACGUCACCAUCCUGGAGUACCUCACACAUAUUCACCACAAACGGGGCGAGACUGAGAAGAGACAAAUAGCUAUAAAAGCGAUCGGACAGACGGAGCUGAACACCAGUAACCCGGAGGAGGUGCUGCAGCUGGCUGCACAGAAGAGGAAGAAGAGAUUCCUGCAGGCCAUGGCCAAACUCUAUUUCUAAUAGACACGUGAACCACUGUCAGACUGAGGGGGGGUGGGGAUGUAUAUUUUUUAUUUUGUGGUAGAAAAUAAACUUCUAUAUAAAUACA